AUAUAUGAAGUUUGACAUUUAAGUUAUCACUGAACCGAUAUUUCGGCUGGGGCAUUCAAGCAUACACACUGACAUCAAUCGCGACGUUUGUGUGUGCAAGUGUGAAGAUACACAGAAGAGCACACAGUAGUACAAUAAUAUAUACGGUUGAAACGAAACAGUUUUAUGUAAACACCAAUAUGGCGACUGUGUUACAGAAGUUAAAAGACGAAGGCUGGUUUAUCAGCGAUGAUGGUCUGAAAAAACUCAAUGAAAAUGGUUUGAUCGGUGACGUAAAGGAGUUGAAAAAGCGUGCACUAGACCAUGAUUUGCGUGAAUUAGUUAUAAAUGGUGGGUUGCCAAAUGACAUUGCCAAAUCAUCGAAAGUGGAGUUGCCGUCAAGCGGCGUCGUUCUGCAAGUGGUCAAUGUGCGAAAUGUGUCUGCACCCAAAGUGAAUCAAGAAUCGAAAACAUCACCGCGGCUGCUGCAAAUUGACCUGAGCGACGGUCAGUCAGUUUGUUCUGGUCUCGAUUUGGAGCAUUUGUCAGCGUUUAGUAUUAAUGUGGCACCCGGCACAAAGGUACUCUUGCGAAAUACCGUCAAAGUGAUUCAGGGCUUUUUGUCGCUUACACCACAGAACAUCAGUAUUUUGGGUGGUCAAGUGCAAACGUUGUACGAAAAAUGGGAAACUCAUCGAACAUUGGCAAAGUAUGCGGGAAUCGGUGGGCCAAGUUCGAAAAAAUCAAAUGGUGACACACUGAAAGGCAGUCCACCGCCAUGGAUUUCGUUUGGGAAUAAGAUAAAAGGAGCGAAUGGUGAUGACGCCACUUUCAAAAGUCUUAAAGAUACGACCAAAACAAAGGAAGUGUCGAAAGAGGAAAGUGAGUUUUUAGCGUUGCGAAACAGUGCCAUUGCAGAUGCAGCUACCAAUGGUGAGGUGAGAAAACAGUUUGGUGGUCACAAUCGGCAGCUUGUUGACCAUAAUGUCAAGAAAAUCAUGGACAAGGGGUAUAGCGAAGAUCAAGCUAAAUUAGCUCUGAAAAUUUCGCGAAACAAUCUCGAGAAGGCAAUGAGUGGAUUGAAAAAACGCAAUGACACAUCCGAUCACAAGCGAACUAAACUACCUGAAGCCACGGCACCUGAACGCAGCUCAAGACGUGGUGGAAAAUUCGAUGAACCACCAGCAGCCAAACCAAGCGGGAAAGUUUCACUAUUCGAUUUUCUUUCGGAUAAAAUUCCCGAUGUUGAACCACCACAACAAAAACAAAACACCCGACUACCCAAUCAUCAGUCACAGUCACAGUCGCAGUCACAUGAUUAUGGUGGCAGCAAAUCGAAUUCACAACGAAACGCAUCCAAAUUCGAGAAUAACAUUUCAUCUAGUUUUGCUAGUCGACAAAAGAAAGAUGAAUCUCAACCAUCCCGUUCCAAGUGGAACAAUGAUGCACCGGAGAAGCAAGGCAACAAACCAACAUUCCAGCAAUACCAAUCAUCACCGCAUCAACAACAACAAUCAUCGUAUAAAUCAACGCAAUCGAAUAAUCAAACGUACCAAAAUCCAAACCAUAACUACCAGCAAAACAAUGCGAAAAACUCACGAUACUCGGCACCACAAAAUAAUCCAUCACAAUCCGAUUCACAUCAUUCAUAUAGUAAUGAUAUGAACAAUAAGCGGACACCGAACGACCGAAAACCAUUGCCAAACUCGAAUGUACCGUCAAAUGCGAAACCAAAGGCGAAUAUGAAGAGUUUAAUUGAUGCGACUGCAAAUCUGCAGAUAGGUAAUGAUAAUAAGUCUCAUAAGGCGAAUCAAGGUCAAGCACCGCCCUCGCAACAACAACAACACCACCACCAACAGCAGCAGCAACAGCGGAAUACAAAUUUCGAAGAGAUGUUUCCGCAUGCAAAACAAUUCCCCUACAAUCCGUACAAGAUAAUGGGAUUCCAGAACAAGGAAACCAACGAGUUUGCGAUGAAUGUAUUGAAAAUGGGCGACCAAAAGUCAUCCAAAGCCGGAAACAACAAUACUGGCAGUGGUGCAAGUGGUGGUGGUGGUGGUGGUGGAGGCGGCGGCAAUGUAUUUGUGAAUAAUAAUAAUCUAAACACGGCGCCUAUUCCAAACACUCAACCGAAUCUAAAACAUGCUCACAUCCCGAAUCAGCAAAUUCCGCUUGUUCCCGUACAGCAAAAUAUUCCGGCACCAAAACCAACUUAUAUCAAUCCAAAUGUAGCACAGUUUACAUUACCGGCGAUGCCUCAACCACCACCGCAGCAAUUUUUGUGGAGUUUCAAAGUGGGCGACCGUUGUUUGGCCAAGUAUUGGGAAGACGAAAAGUAUUAUAAUGCGGAAAUUCAAGCCGUUACCGACAAAACGUGUGUCGUCCAUUUCCCCGAGUAUGGAAACUUCGAAGAAGUACUGCUCACCGACUGUUUGCCCAUCACCGAUGCUAAUCAUCAACCGAUCAAUCAGUAUAGCGCGAUGCAAGCACCAGCGCCCAUCCAUCAAAUCGCAUACGCGCAACUACCACCAAACAAAGGCGGACCACACUUUCAUCAACCGCCGUUUCAUCAACCGGGUCAUCACCCACCGCAUCAUUCAGCUGUUCUACAUCCGCCACUUCCAACGCAACCGAACCAACAGCAGCGAUACCGUGGCAAUCGAGGUGGCCAAGGUGUAUACGUUCCACCGGCACAGCGAAAAUAAACCAGUCCAACUACACCACAUCGCACAUACGAACAUUUUCCAAACGCAGAUACUUUUGUUUGUUUGAAAUUUAUGAAUUAUGCUGAGAAGAAAAACAUAUUGAAAAAAAAAAAAUCCGGGCGAAAUUUUUAUAUUAUUUUCGCAUUUAAUAAGUUAUUUAUUUUAAAAUUGUAACAAUAUGAAAAUCAUUUAUUUUUUUUCUCUCUCUAUUUCUCUCUCCCUCUUUUUUUCUUUUCAAUUCGCGCAAAUUCAAUACGAAAAAGAGCAAUAAAAUUUCGAAUCAAAACAUCGCCCGCUUUUCGUCGAAUUCACCUAUCCAUUCUCUCCCUUAAUACAAUAAUUCAUAUUUUGUGAUUACAUACCAACACAUUUUCUGUGUUAAAAUGUUUACAUUUACAAAUACAAAAUUGCUUACAAAGUAGAGCAAAAUAAAAACAGAACCGUGUUCAAGUCCAUCUGAA